UUGGCCUCAGUCCCCUUCCCUCCCCACAAGGGAGGGGCAGGACUGGUUUGAGCCAGCCAGGUGGGACUGGACAGGAAGUGAGAACAGGCUGCCGAGACUGGAGGGGAGAGGUGGUUGGGCGAGCAGGGACUUCAAACUCCUCCGUGGAGGAGAAGAUGUCCAUCACAGAGCUGAACCAAUGGAUAAAACAGCUGAACAACUGUAAACUCCUCGACGAGAACCGAGUGCAGACUCUAUGCGAGAAGGCUAAGGAAAUCCUCGUGAAAGAGUCAAACGUUCAGGAGAUCUCUUGUCCCAUCACUGUCUGCGGCGAUGUCCAUGGCCAAUUUCAGGAUCUUUUGCAAAUCUUUACAAUUGGUGGGGAAAUACCAGACAAAAACUAUCUGUUUUUGGGUGACUAUGUUGACAGAGGCUUGUACUCAGUGGAGACUAUGACUUUCCUUAUAUCUUUAAAAGUACAAUAUCCAAAGUACAUUACGCUGUUGAGAGGAAACCACGAGAGCCGAGAUAUUACUCAAGUUUAUGGUUUCUAUGAUGAAUGCGAAAAGAAGUAUGGAAAUGCCAAUGUCUGGAAAUAUUUUACAGACCUAUUUGAUUAUCUCCCCCUUACAGCUUUAGUUGACGGACAGAUAUUUUGCGUCCAUGGAGGUCUGUCUCCUUCCAUAGAUACCCUGGAUCAUAUAAGAGCUUUGGAUCGCUUUAAAGAAAUCACCUUGAGUGGACCAAUCUGUGAUCUGUUGUGGUCCGAUCCAGAUGAUUUUGAGGGAUGGGGGCCCUCUCCAAGGGGAGCUGGCUACACAUUUGGACCAGACAUUACUGAAAUAUUUAGCUGGACCAACGGCCUUUCAUUGAUUACUCGGGGUCACCAACUUGUCCAGGACGGUUACUUCUGGCAUCACAAUGAAAAGAUGGUGACCAUUUUCAGUGCACCCAAUUAUUGUAACCGUUUUGGGAACCGGGGUGCUAUCAUGGAACUGGAUGAUCCUAUAAAGUACUCCUUUCUACAGUUUGACCAAGCACCUCAAGGAAAGUGUGCUGCCAUCUCACUUCUACCUUUUUCGUAUAGACAGCCUUGGGCAAAACCCAGGAGAUAUCUUCAUGCUGUAUGUUUACAUGUAUCCUUCUGGGAGUAGUCAGAGUCUCUGAAGUCCCAAAGCCUUGGUGGACCUCUGCUACAGUUUUUGCAGUACUGGUGAUAUCUGGAAUGCGGUAAAAUAGCAAUUGACAAACACCAAGGAAGAAUUACAUUAUUACAAAUGCCGGAGCAUUUGUUAAUAAAACAUUUUAUUUCAUUCUAUUUG